AUGAAUUCAAAUGACAUUCAUCGUCAUCCCAACAACAACAACAAUUCUUGUUCUUCUUCUCAUGCCAGUAUUAAGUAUCACAACUCAUUUCCUUCUACCAUUCAACCAAUACCAAUUUCACCAUUUGAUCAUCGUAAACAAUUAUCAAUUUCUACUUCUCCAACAUCAACAUCAACAUCAUCAUUGAUUUUACAGCCAAAUCUUCCACGCAUAAGUACGAUUUCAUCAAAUUUAACUUCAACUCCUACCACAAAACAUUUCACACCAAAAUCUCUACAUCCAUUAUCAUGUAGUCCCACCACAAGUAGUAAUUGUAAUGGUAAUCGUUAUCAAUGUCAAUAUUGUUCAAAGAGAUUUUCUCGCCCAAGUUCGCUCAGGAUCCACACCUAUUCACAUACUGGGGAAAAACCUUUUGUAUGUUCCGAGCCUGGUUGCGGUAGAAAAUUUUCAGUACAAAGUAACAUGAGAAGACAUUUAAGAGUACAUAAGCUGGGUAGACCAGUCAAAAAAACUCGUUAUGAUGGUGAAGUCGAAGGUGUUAAAAUGUUGAGUCCUGCUAAAAUCACUCGAAAUUAUUUAUAA